GUUAAAAUGUUCUAAAACUCACAAAAAAGCAUGUCUGGAAAAUUAGACAUACAAUGGGCGCCAAGUGGCGACCGUUUCAUCACAUGCGGAUCAGAAUUAUGCCUUUAUCAAGUGGAAAACAUCACUGAUGGACAAUCCCCUAAUAUUCGCUUAUCCGACACUACAGGCGCCAAUUUACUAGGCAGCAUUCCACAUUCCUAUUUUGUAAAGUGUCUUGAUGUCAACUCACACUCCGAGAAUGAAAUCCUGCUUGCUUUGGGUCAAUCAAGUGGUAAAAUCAGCAUUACCAGCAUUGGUAAUGUCUAUGAUCAGACACCUAAUAUUAAAGAAGUUGGUCCUCGAUUCUCACGUGCAUGUAACAGCGUCGCGUGGAAUCCUCUCGACAAUAAACUCGCCGGCGGGUUUGAAAAACACCGCUCAGACCACUGCAUCCUCCUCUGGGAUGUCGUAAACUACAGUGAUAAAGUCUCCAUCAGCGAACAGAGUUACAGCAAUCGUGCUGCUUGCGUUAGCGAAUUUGGACUUUCAGAAUCCGCGCAUAGUAUUGGAUGGUUCCAGAGCAACAGUCGUCUGCUAGCUGCAGGCAUGAAUAUGAAAAGCAUCAAAAUCAUUGAUUUUAGAGAUACGACGAAAUUUGCAAAUUCUACCUUCACGAAGGCAGUUUACGGUGUGACUGUGAAACCAAACAAUGACCAGCAUUUAGCCUCAUUCGCUGAGAACCAAAUCUCAGUCUGGGAUACGCGAAACUUCGAAAAACCCAUCAUAACCUUACCAUCGGCGCGCCCUCUGUUGAAAAUAUCCUGGUGUCCGACGAAAACUGAUCUCCUAGCUGCUCUACACAAAGAUUCCAAUAUAAUCCAUCUUUACGGUGUGCAACACUCUGUUAUCGGUAAUGAUGAAGUGGAACCGUCCGUUUUGGAACGCGAAAUCCGCCUUAAAACUACCCCGAAUCUAUCAUCAUUCGCAUGGCAUCCAUCGGAUGAAUACCGACUGUUAACUAUAUCUACAACGAAUACAUUGUUGGAUUACACUGUAUUCGACCGCAUUACAUUAAACUGGGCGCCGAAUUCUAACCUCAUUUGGACGCAUGGCAGAAAAAAGUUGAAGAAUAUAAGCAAACGGAGUAAAUUCCACGCGGAUAUCGAUGAUAUCUCAGAGAAAAUGAAGGAAAGAACUAUUAAAGGUUAUGGAUUGGAACAGGACUUAGCUAAAAAUGCUAUGUUUAUCGAGGAGGAUAUGUUGGUUAAUGUUUGGAAUUGGUUAGCGUUGAGUCAACGCCUGGUAGAAGAGGGGUUAAUACGUGGACAAACCGGGAAACAUCCUGGGAUAAAAGAUGUUUUAAAACUGGAAAGCGCUUCGAAUAAAUCCGAAAUGUUACCGACCACCAUUUUGGAUAUGGGGAAUAAUACUACGUUGACGCCGGUUAAAAUUUACAGACACGAAGAUAGAUCGAAAGCGCUGCAACUAUGCGGAUGGAACUUCAACAAAGAUCUUAAACAAGGCACGAUUGUCGAUCAAUUGAUCGCAGCAAAAUGCCCAACGCGUGCUGCAGCCAUAGCUGUGUUUAACCUCAAACUACGCUCGGCGAUUGAAAUCCUAACCGCCAAUGGUGAGCAAUACGAACACUUCAAUGUCGUAGCAAUGGCGCUGGCGGGUUUCUCCGAUGAUAAAAACAGCAUGUGGCGACAAUUCUGUUCAUGCCCAAAGUUCAAACUCACCGAUCCGUAUCUGCGCGCCAUGUUCGCCUUCCUCACCGCUGAGAAUUACAACUACGACGCCAUUUUACACGAUGAUGUGAUUCUGGUCGAGGAUCGUGUUGCGUUCGCGUGCACAUUUUUAUCCGAUCAUAAAUUGUAUGAAUAUUUAAAGUCACUAACCUCGAAACUCAUCCAAGAUGGAGACUUGAAUGGUAUGCUGCUCACUGGAAGCAGUCAAGAUGGCGCACGGCUUCUGCAGCGAUAUUUGGAUCUCACUGGUGAUAUUCAAUCGACGGUGUUGAUCGCCGUGCACGCAUUUAACGCGGAUUUGUUAGCGGAGGUAGCGGAUUGGAUAACAGGUUACCGGAAUCUGUUGGAUUCGUGGCAGUUGUGGAACCAGAGGGCGCUGUUUGACAUCAUGUUGUCCGGACAGAAUUCAAACGAUAAACCACCGCAACAGGUUCAUGUCUCGUGUAACUUUUGCGGGAAGAGUAUAAGUGCGUACAUGCAGGCUAAUCGUGGCAGGGCACAAUAUCCACGCAUGGGUGGGACUGCAAAUAAGUUAAAAUUGUCAUCUUGUCCGAACUGUCGUAAACCUCUGCCGCGCUGUGUGAUUUGUCUGAUGCAUAUGGGAACGACGACUGGUGUGCCGGACGCAGCCGAAGCUGACAGUAACAAGCUGUCGGAUUUCUCCGGGUGGUUCACGUGGUGUCAAACAUGUCGUCAUGGCGGACAUGCGUCACAUAUGACACAUUGGUUCAAGGAACAUUCGGAAUGUCCAGUCACAGCGUGUACUUGUCGGUGUUUUUCUAUCGAUACGGUCACUAAUAUGGCCGCUGUUACCUCUUAGAUGAUUCUUUUUUCUUGAUUAUGUGGUACGAUUCGUAUAUUUUUUGCAUUUGACAUACAAGUAUCGUUUUCGUUUUGGUUAGGCCUUUGGUAAACGUACACACUACACGCUCUAACCUUAAAAUAUCAUAAUAGAUUAUAUAAAUAAAUAUAUAACAUGAAA